AUGCUCGUUUCCGUAUUAUACGCAGCAGUAAUAUCUGCCACGUUCACAGCUCCCGUCUUUUCACAAAACCUGAAUAGCUCCAUUUGCAAUGGAACCAUAUCUGGAAUCGUCCCUCAUCCGGAUCCUCGCCUGUGUCAGAUGUUCGUUUCGUGUGUAUUCGGAACGGGUUCGCUGCAUCAGUGCGACGAAGGGCACAUAUUCAACGUAACCAUCCCGCAGUGUGUCCCCGGCGAUUGGAAUGAUUGUAGACCCAAAGCUGACCCAGAACUUGAGCCCAUUUGUGCUAAUGUGUCGUAUGGAGUUUUUGAACAUCAAAACGACUGCGGAAAGUUUGUUUUCUGCGAACGAGGAAGGCCAUCGGUGAUUGACUGUUUGGAUAAUGAGAUAUGGUUCCAGCCGGAAGGGUCUUGUGUGCCUGGCGACAGAGGAACUUGUCUGCCGAAUGACGAGUUUUGCAAGGGUGAACCGGAUGGAGCAAUUCCACACCCGGAUGGGUGUCACUUAUUCAUCGAAUGUGUUGAUGGGCACAGUACUGUGGUGGAAUGUGACAGGGGAAAUGUUUUUGUUGAAGGAGGCGCAAGCUGCACCGUUGGAAGCUCACAAACAUGCUUGUCUUUGGAAGGUGUUUGCGUUGUUAAUCCUGAUUCGUUGCAGCCUCACCCGGAAUGGUGCGAUCUUGCAAUAAGAUGCAAUGGAACCGAUGCGCAGUUGAUAACUUGUGGAGUUAAUGAAAUUUUUCGACCAGACAUUCAGUUUUGUGUCCCAGGGAACCCGAUUACAUGUACUCCAAGUAGACCGGAAGUUGCCUGUGAAGGACGACCUGAUGGAAUAGUUCCGCAUCCAGAUGAAUGUAAUCUUUACAUUGAAUGCAGAGAUGGAAGUUCAACUGUGCAGAGCUGUAGCACCGGUCAGAUACUUCGGCCAGAGAUUCCGAUUUGUGUGACUGGAAAUCAGGACACUUGUGAGUUUUUGGAUGGAGUUUGUGCGGAUCGCCCUGAUCGAUACGUCAUUGAGCAUCCAAACUAUUGUGGGUGGCAUAUUUGGUGCAUUAACGGGCAGGCCCAAGUGGUACAAUGCCCUCCUAAUGAAAUAUUACGACCGGAUAUGCAGUUUUGUGUUCCAGGAAACGUUGAUACUUGCGAGACUGCCGAGAUAGAUGAAAUGUGUGAAGGACGCCUUGGUUUGGUGAUUUACCCGCACCCUUAUUACUGUGAUCAAUACAUUCGCUGUACUCAAGGAGAAGUCGUAAUCAAUCAGUGUCCACCGUAUAAUGUUGUGCAGCCUGGAACUAUUCAAUGCGUUCCUGGCAACACCGAAACUUGUAAGCUGUACAUCGAAUACUGUCAAGGGCGUCCUGAUGGAAUUAUUCCGCAUCCUUCCGGGUGUCAUCUUUUCAUAGAAUGUAGAUCCGAAGUGGUUAUUGUUACAUCAUGCCCUGAUGGCCACAUCUUCGAUACGUCCGAAUCGCAAUGUGUUCCCGGCAACUCCGAAACAUGUGAUCAUCUGAUAGAAUACUGUAUUGAUCGACCGAAUGGAGUGAUUCCACACCCCAAUAGAUGUGAUUUAUUUAUGGUUUGCUAUAAUGGAGUUACGUCGGUGGAAUCGUGUCCUUGGGGAGAAAUUCUUCGUCCAGAUAUGCAGGUAUGCGUACCUGGGAACAGCGAAACUUGCCUAUUCACUCCAAUAGAGCAGAUAUGUGACAAUCGAGACGGGUCGACAGUUUAUCCUCAUCCGAAUGACUGUACGCUUUUCAUCAGAUGCCAGCAGGGUCAAACCAUCAUUGAGUCAUGCCAAGAGGGAACUAUUCUGCAACCAGGAACGAUUCAAUGUGUAGUUGGAAACGCAGAUACUUGUGAGUUCUAUACCGAUAUAUGCAUAGGUGUCGGGGAAGAUGUAAUUCCACAUCCGUCCGGAUGUCACGUGUUCAUACACUGCGAAAAUAAUCAAGUAACUUCUGUUGAAUCGUGCACUCGAGGAAUGGUUCUCGUUAAUCGGACAUGUGUCAUAGGAGAUCGAGAGUCGUGUGAGUCUUGGCAAGAUAUAUGUGUAAACAAAGAUGAUCAGAUAGUGGAGCAUCCCAAUUUUUGUGAUUUGUUCAUAGAAUGUCGUUGGAGUCUUACCCACUUGGGGUCAUGCACAACCGGAUUGAUCCUGCAUCCUAACAUGCAAGUUUGCUCUCCUGGGGAUCAGGAAACUUGCCAAUUCUACCCGGAAGACGGAAUGUGUAUUGGUCGAGCGCAGGGACGGUUCCCAACACCUGAUCAAACACAGUGCACAGAAUUCGUUACAUGUACAAAUGGAGUAGGAACGGUUGAUGCCUGCGAGGACGGAGCCGUCCUAAGGCCCCGUUUCAUCGAUUGCGUUCCUGGAAACGAAGUCACGUGCGUCUCGUAUCCGCAUAUCUGCCUUUUCCGUCCAAAUGAGUUCAUCCCUCACCCAGUCAGAUGCGAUAUGUUUAUAUCGUGUAUUUCGGAACGCCCAAAUGUUGUUCCUUGUCCGCGAGGAGAGAUAUACAACCCUGACAGAUUUAUCUGUGUUCCAGGGAGCGCGGAGACCUGUAUAUCCUUCGAAGCAAUAUGUGCUGAUCAAGUUGAUGGGCGUCUACCGCAUUUGACGGAUUGUGAUUUAUACAUUGAAUGCAGGUCUGGGUCCGCUACGGUGGGUGCUUGUCCCAGUGGACAGAUUUUCGUUUCGGGUUUGCAGUUGUGUGUUCCAGGGAACAGGGAAACGUGCGUGGCUUAUGCGUAA